GAAACGCAUAAUUUUAUAACCUCGUGAAGUAACGUUUUAUUAAGUGUGCACUUUUACUUGAACAGAGACACGAAAUCUUAUUUUGUAAGUGAUCGAGUUAUAGGAAGAAUAAUGGCGGGAAGAAUAACUGAAAUAAUAAACAAUGAAGGAAAUAAUAUGUUCUCGUAUUCCUUCGAAGUAACGCCUGAUAUAAAGGAUUUUGAGUUGGAAAGUUUGGACUUGGAACCGAAAUUCUUUUCUAUAACAUGGCACGCGCAAGUGCACGAGUGUGCAAAUUUUGAAAUAGCACCCUUAAAACUAGCAAAAUAUUUAAGGAACAAAGGCAAAAAUGUGUUAUUGCAUAUAUCUUGCUGUAACAUGAGAAAGAAUUACUUAGAUGAUUUGUUGGUGCUGCUGAAAGAUAUAGGCAUUUGUAAUUUAUUUAUAAUUCUAGGAGAAAAGUUUGAUUUCUUAAAUUCGGAUUUCGAAAGCAGCCAAGACAUGAUAAUUCACAUACGACGAAGUACUGGAAAUUAUUUUUGCAUCGGCGUCGCUGGUUUUCCUGAGCGAGAAGGAAAUAUUUUGCAGUUAAAAGAAAAAGUUAAGUGUGGAGUUGAUUUUAUAUUAACUCAGGCAUUCUUCGAGCUCAAACCAUUUAAAAAAUUUGUAAUGGAUUGUAAAGAAGCUGAUAUAAAUAUCCCUAUAAUUCCUGGAGUAUUUCCGUUUGAAACUGAAAAAGAAUUACAAGGUUUUAUGAUAGUCGGCGCGGCGAACCUUGAUCCCUAUUGCAGUUCGUGUUAG